AUGAAUGAAAUUGUUAGCAGAGAUGUUUCCGUCUCCGACAUGGUAUAUUUUGAUCGACGACUUAACGAAAUUAUAUAUCAUAAGAAAAGGAAAGCUAUAAAAUGGAGGGUUGUAUUGACAGCAUCAACUUUACUGGCCGCAUAUGGAGGUUGGUUUUGGUUAACAGAUCCAACUAUAAGAAAUGUAAGUUUUGGUAAAUUUUCAUUGGUUCCUGUAUUUGAAUCACUCGGAAAUCAUUCAACGUUUUGUUUUGCAUUAUCAUUAUUAUUCUUUUUGUUUGUAUUUUUACGAAUACACCAUAGGAUUGUUGGUUCAUCAAUAGUUGCAUCGAGGUGUCGGAAAAUUUUGACACAAUAUUGUUUGGAUUGCAAUGAUGAAGGGAAAUUAAUAAUACAACCAACGGCAUAA